CGGUUCAAACGUCAUUUGGUUAGUAUGGAAAACCCGGAACCGGUCAGCGUUGAAAAUGUUGAAAGCGAAGAACAAAUUGAGUUACGCGAACGUGAUGAACUAACGACAUACACAACCGAUUUAUUGGCAAGAAUUCAAAGCAAAUCAAAUUUGCGUCAAGAGAAUCUAACAUGCAAUCGUCCAUCGGAAGAGUACUUUGUCCGAUUGGAUUCCAGUCUCAAAAAGAAUACGGCUUUUGUCAAGCGAUUGAAACAAUUUACAGCUGGUCAACUGGACGGAUUCGUCAAGGAUAUGUCCGGAUUGAAUUUAACGAAAUACAUUUCCGAAGUUAGUUCGUCAUUGGUUGAAGCGAAAUUGAAAAUGACUGAUGUUGCUGCCGCUAUAACACUUUGUUCCAAAUUACACCAAGUCUACGCGGACUUUUCGGUUGCGUUCUUCGAGAAUUGGUCGAAAAUUCUGGCAAUUAAACCGGGAGAGAAAUUGGCCAAUUCAAGUAAAACCAGAGUUGAUUUGAGAUUUUUUGCGGAGUUGAUAUCGGUCGGUGUUUUCAGCAAUAAAAUGGGUCUGCCUCUACUCGGAUCGACAUUGACCUAUCUCAUUCAAUCGGAUAAAGAAGAUCAUGCAAAUCUGUCGAUUAUCUUAUCAUUUUGCCGCCACUGUGGAGAGGAAUAUGCCGGUUUAGUCAAUCGAACCAUUCAUACAUUAGCCAAGAAAUACAAUGUGGAACUACCAGCGUUCGCUCUCUUGACAUCCGACAAACAGCAGAAUCUUCGCAACUUGCUGAAAGACUACUACUAUACGCUGUGCAAACAUCUCUAUUCGGAGCACAAAUCGUAUCAGCAAACGGUUCGCACCAAUCGCAACAUUUUGGCUUCGAAAGGAGAAGUGUCCAACGAACGCAAAGAGAAACUGGAAUUGAUGCAGAGCAAUUUCGAGAAAUUGUCGGUGUCGGUACAAGCAAUGGCCGAACUGCUGAACGAAAGUAUGCCCGAGUUGCCAAAGGAUGAAGAAGAUCCGAUCAAGGGAAUGGUAUUGGAGAAUGAUGAUUUGAUGGAAUCUCAACUCGAUCCAUGGGGCGAUGAAGAAACGAAAAGUUUCUACAUCGAUCUGCCUGAUCUGCGCAUUUUUCUACCAAAUUAUGCGCCGAAGCAAGCACCCACUCAACCCGCCGAACCUGCUAUGACUGAAGAGACGUUAGACAUGGACAUUGAACCGGAAUUAUUGCAGGUGGACGUCAGCGAGCUGCCCAAUAUAGAAGAGGCCAGCAAUGUGGCUAGUUCCGAACCGAUUGUGGAAGAGUCAGCGGCUCCUGCAUCCACUACAGGUGUCGUACACGGCACCAGACAACAAUUCGAAGUAUUCUUAUCGAAUUUAGUCAAUUGUGUCAACAAGGAGUUGAUCGAUUCGGCUGCUAUUGAGUUUCUGCUGAAUCUGAAUACGAAAAACAAUCGAAAGAAGCUGGCCAAUGCGUUGUUCGGCGUGCAAAGAACACGAUUGGAUAUUCUGCCAUUUUUCGCCCGACUCGUCGCAACCAUCAAUCUUGUGUCGACGGAUGUGUCUACAGAAUUGUGCCAGAAAUUGAAGAACGAGUUCAAGUACCACAUCAACAAGAAGAACCAAAUGACCAUCGAGUCGAAGAUCAAAGUGGUUCGGUACAUCGGCGAAAUGGUGAAAUUUGGCCUGUACUCGAAAAUCGAAGCUCUGUUCUGUCUGAAGGUGCUGCUGCUCGACUUCCAACAUCACCAAAUCGAAAUGACCUGCGCCUUCCUGGAAGUGGCCGGCCAAUAUUUGUACAAUUCAAAGGACAGCCGACUGCGCACGAAUGUCUAUCUGGAACAGAUGAUGCGUUUGAAAACGGCAACCGCAUUGGAUUCACGCCAUGUGGCCCAAAUCGAAAAUUCCUAUUAUUUGGUCAAGCCACCGGAGGGUCAAAAUACCGUGCAGAAGAUUCGGCCGCCAAUGAAUCAGUACAUCCGGCACUUGAUAUUCAAAGACUUGAACAAAUCGAACGUGGACAAAGUGAUUAAAAUUAUGCGCCGGCUGAACUGGGACGACAAAGAGAUCAACGCGUACACCAUCAAAUGUCUGUCGAAGGCGUACAAUGUGCGCUACCAUUUGAUCAGAUGCUUGGCGGACCUGGUGUCCGGCAUCAGUUCGUAUCAAGACAAAGCGAUGGUGAAAGUGAUUGACACCGUUUUUGAGGACAUUCGAGCCGGACUGGAAAUUCAUUCGCCGAAAUUGGCACAGAGGCGCAUCGCAAUGGCCAAGUACUUGGGCGAAUUGUACAAUUAUCGCUUGGUUGAAUCGUCCAAUAUCCUGAACACGUUAUACUCAAUCAUUUCGCUGGGAGUUACGCUGGAUGCACAAGUGGUAUCCGAAUUGGAUCCACCAGAUAGUCUGUUCCGGCUAAAGUUGGCGUGUGUGUUACUGGACACCUGUGGACAGUAUUUCACAAGCCCAGUUAGUCGUAAGAGGUUGGACUACUUCCUGAUAUUCUUCCAGCAAUACUACUGGUUCAAGAAGAGUCACCCGAUAUUUAGCACCAUUGAGGAUACGUCGAAUCUGUUUCCGAUAUUAGUCGAUCAUACGUACAAAGAAUGUCUGUCAAAUGUUCGACCGAAACUGAAGCUAUUCAAAUCGUACGAACAAGCGAAAGAAGCGGUGGAAAAGUUACGAUUGCAAUUGUAUCCGACUUUGUUCCAAUCGCCCGGCAAGGAUGGUGGUGGUGAUUUGGGUGAUGUUAACAGUUUAGAGCCGAUCGUUGAGGAUGCUGAACUGUCCAAUGAGCUGACCGAAGACACUACGUCCGAAGCUGUCGGCGAAUCGGAUGAUGCUGUACGUGGCGAAAAUGAAAAUGAUGAUGAGGACGACGACGAUGAUGAUGAUGACUCGGUUGAACGGACGGAAUCGCCCGAAGUAUUACCGAAGGAAAAGGAGCGAACUCAAGAGGACGUUGAAUUUGAGCAGGCAUUCGAAAAGCUAGCAAUCGACAGCUACCAGGAACGACUGCGUGAUACCAUUAAACCGAGUACAAAAGACAUUCCAGUGCCAAUUAUGGCCAAAAGUGGCGGCAAGAAAACAUACGACCAACUGCAGGCAAACGAACCAUUACCGUCAGAGACGUCUGUGCCAUUCGUUCUGAUGCUUCGCGGUGCUAAGGGCGGCAAACAGCAGUUCAAAACAUUCACAGCCGCUGUUGACAGUCAGCUGGCAAUCAAUUUACGGCUGCAGGAGGAGCAAAUUCGCGAAGAAAAGGAGAAAGUGAAGCGGCUCACGCUGAACAUAACCGAACGAAUUGAGGAAGAGGACUACCAAAUAUCAUUGCUACAGAGUCAACGAACGGCGGCGGAACAGCGGAGCAAUCAGAAAACGAACUCAAAACAAAAGUACAAACAUCAGAAGGGGGCACCCGAUGCCGAUCUAAUAUUUAGUUGAUUAAGAAAUUCGAUGAGCAAUUUGGAUACAUGGAAUCGUUGCCGAUGAAACCGAUGCAAUAUUGGUUGGGGCAUUGGGGGUCGUGCAACACUGAAUACAUUGGAAAUAAAUGAUUUUCGAAAUUGA